UACUUUUAAUCUAAAUGCUAUUGGACUAACAUGUCUAAUGCGUAAAUCAGAAGUCAGCCUAUUCAUUGUUUUAUUUACAGUUCAUCAACAUACUAGUAAAUAUAUUAUAAUAUAAGUUCAUAAAUAAUUUUAACAAUAAAAGAAAUAUGAAGAAAUCUGCAGGUGUUUUCAUUACAUUAUAUUUAAUAUUCACAAUUUCAGGAAUAAUCUGUGAUCAUGCAGGUUCAUGUAAAAGUAUAAAUGAAGUUUGUACAGAAGACAGAGACUGUUGUUAUCAAGAUUGUAGUUUCUCAAUAUUUUACUUUCAACGAUACUGUAAAGAUAACAUUAACGCAUUCAGUACAUUAACAUCAUUCUUUAGUUCUAAAGCGCAAAUUGGAAUGUGUUCAUAUAAGGAACCCACAGAUGCGGAAUUUAGUGAACAAAUGUAUAACAAAUAUGGUUUAAAUGCUGGCCACCGUAUGUUACCACCAGGUACAGUAGUCGAAGUCGUGCUAAAUGAUAAAAAGUUAAUGGUCACAAUAAACGACCAGCCUUCAAAUGAAAAUGGAGUAAUUCUGGAAUUUUCCAAAGAAACAGCUAAGGUAUUAGAUAUUAAAAACGGCGAAUCAUUGCCUUGCAAUAUGGUUGUACCUCGAUUGGAGAAUAACCAAUAUAUAAAAUAUCUUAAACAUAUUUUACCUUAUUUGAGUAUACUUAUGUUAGUAUUAACUUUUUUUUAAAUGUAACUAUAAUAAUAUUUCAAAAUUUGAAGUCCACUUCUUUUAGGAAUUAAUUAGACUAAAGCUUACUUUAAAUUUUAAGUUUAAACGUUAUGCAAGUUUAAUUGCUUAAAUAUUGUGUUUAGGUUAAGAAUUCAACCUUUUUUUAAUUAAGUACUUAUUUAUCUAACUUUUAUAAUUUAUUUAUGUAAAUAAAUAUCAAUAUAAUCAUAAUAAUAGUUGUUUGUAUAAUAAAAAUUAUUUUAAUCCAA